AUGAGUUUUGUGAUAUCAGCAGAAAGAGACAACAGACCGUUGUUAAUACCUGCUAUUGAGCCAUUGAAACCAUCAUUCUCUUUAGAACUAUCAAAUGUACCAAUUUCCUAUCUAUUGAAACUGGAUUUGACACAAUUGAAGAAUGCUGCUGAUUUCAUACCUAGAGAAAGAAGUUGGUCACAAUUGAGCACAACUAGUUCCAAUUCAAGUGAUUUGUUCAGUGCGAGAAGCUCAAUCAGUUCCAUUUCAAGUGCUGGUGCUUCAGAUCAAGACGAUGGGUUUUCAAGUGGAGGAGAAGAAGAAGAAGAAGAAGAAAAAGAGCCAUCAAUUGAGCCAAUAUUAAUCAAACAAUCAACACCACCAAAAGAACUAAAACGAACAUUGUCCUAUGAAGUUAGACCAUCCAAAUCUAAAAGACAAAGAGUUGGUCCAAGUUGUGAUUUCUGCAGGUCUAAAAAGAUCAAAUGUGAUGCUCAUGUUGAAAUAAUGGAGAUUGAUGUACUUUAUGACCUAAACUUAACCAAAAAAGAUGAAAUAAAAGAUGAAAAUUUGAUUAAAAAAUACAUGACCGAGGAUGAAUUAGACGAAGGGUUCAAAUUGAUUUAUUCCAAUGAGAAAAUCAUAAAAUUCAAGACUUGUUCCUAUUGUCUUGCCAAACAUCAGCCAUGUCUUUAUAAAAGAGGUUAUACCAAAGAUGACAUCUUGAGGUAUAAUUUGGCCAACAACAUCCGGAAAAAAAAGAAGAGGUCCAAAAAAAGAUGA